UAACACACACACACACAGAGAGAGACACAGACACAGUGUCUGUGGCGUGGGACACCCGGGCAGCCGUCAUGGAGGCUAAGCGGACAGAGGAGCAGUCUAUGUCCGUGCUUGGGACCACCUCGGAGCCGGAGGGUCAAAUGACACAGAAAAAGAGCAACCGUUGUAAAAUCAUCUCUGGGGCUUUGAUUCUGUGCUUAUUGAUCAUCAUCGUUGCACUGGCCUUUUCGCUGAGCAAUAGCAGCAACAGCAACAAGAAAGGUGAUGGUGAGCUCUGGCUGCAGUAUGAGGCGGCAUUACUGGAAAGUGCAAAGCCACAGUGUCCAUCAGGUUUCACCAGGUCUCCCCUCAUCCUCGUGUCCUUGGAUGGUUUCCGAGCGGAAUAUCUGAAAGAUCACCGCAGACACCUCCGUGUUAUCUCCAAGUUACAAGCCUGGGGUACAACUACGCCACAUUUAAGGCCCGUGUAUCCCACAAAGACGUUCCCGAACCACUACAGCAUUGUCACUGGUCUUUACCCGGAAUCUCAUGGGAUUGUUGACAACAAGAUGUACGAUGUAGAGCGGAACGCAUUCUUCAGCUUGAAAACAGAGGAGAAGUUCAACCCUAAAUGGUACCAGGGAGAACCAGUUUGGAUCACUGCCAAGCAUCACAAAUUAAAAACAGGAACCUUCUUCUGGCCCGGUUCAGAUGUGGCCAUCAAUGGCAGCUUCCCGGAUUUCUAUAAAAUCUACGAUAAAAGCACCGCGUUCGAGACCAGAGUGUCGACGCUGUUCGAGUGGCUGGAUUUAGCGCAAGACAAACGACCCGACUUUUACACUUUGUACCUGGAAGAGCCUGACUCAUCAGGACACCGCUAUGGACCAGCAAGCACCCAGGUCAUGGAUGCUCUCAAGAACGUGGACCGGAUUAUGGGGACCCUGAUGGAUGGCCUGAUACAGAGAAACCUGCUCCACUGUGUCAACAUUAUAAUUGCAUCGGAUCACGGCAUGGAAGAAGCAUCAUGCGAAAGGGCAGCUUUUGUCUCCCCCUACCUGAACAACACCGACGACUUCACUGUCAUCCAAGGCCCGGCUGCUCGUAUCAGACCCAGCCGCCUCCCCGACGACUUCUUUUCCUUUGACUAUGAGGGCUUGGUGAAGAACCUGUCGUGCAGGACCCCCGAGCAGCAAAUGAGGCCGUAUCUUAAAGAGCACCUCCCCAAACGGCUGCACUUUGCCAACAACGCGAGGAUAGAAAGAGGCCACCUAUAUAUGAAAGAAGGCUGGCAGGCGGCGCUAAACAGAAAGGAAAUCAAGUACUGCACGGGCGGGUUCCAUGGUUCAGAUAACCUCUUCACCAACAUGCAGGCAAUCUUCAUCGGUUAUGGUCCAGGAUUUAAAAGCGGCGUCGUUGUGCCUCCUUUUGAGAACAUUGAAGUCUACAACCUCAUGUGUGAUCUUCUGGGUGUUCCCCCUGCUCCUAACAACGGUACACAUGGGAGUCUAAACCACCUCCUGACGAGUCCAGUCCACUUCCCAGUUCACCCUGCACAGCUCUCCCAUGACAUCCCCUGUGAGACAAGUACCCUCCGCCCCACCGUCGAUCUAAAUUGCUCCUGUGAGCCCAGAACAACAGAUGAGGAGGAAGAGUUGAACAGAGUAAUGAUUACUACAAGUGAUGCCAAAGCUGCCUUACGCCGCCUCCACCAUCCUUUCGGCAUCCCCAGCGUCGUCCUACCAGACUCCACCUUUUGUCUGCUUCACCAGGCAGACUACAUUAUCGGAUACAGCCAAGACCGUCACAUGGCUCUUUGGGUGUCGUACGCCCUCCCACGUGUGCCCACAGUCCAUUACUUGCAUCCACCACAAGAGGCGUGCAUUCGCGUCGACGUUCGCAUACCAGCGGCCACCAGCCAGACGUGCGACAAUGCUUACGGAUUUCUACAUCACCCCAGUCUGACCACUGAUGGAUUGAUGACAGACUCCCUCAUCACCAGCAACAUGGUGCCAAUGUUCCCUGCAUUUAAAGACGUUUGGAACCAUUUCCAUUUUGUCCUGCUUCCCUGGUAUGCAAAUCAGCUGGAUGGGAUAAACGUCCUGAGUGGGCCAAUAUUUGAUGAAGACUAUAAUGGAAAGGUUGACGCCUACAAGACAUCUGCACCGAACGAGGCCCACAUCCCUACACAUUUCUUUGUGAUCCUGACCAGUUGUGGCAAUUCCACUUUGGCUCCUUCCAACUGCAAGGGUCCUCUUAAAGUCCGCUCCUUCAUCCUACCCCACAGAGCCGAUUACACAGAGAGCUGCUCUACGGACUCAGAUUUUAAGUGGUUGGAGGACUGGAUGCAGCUGCACGCCGCCCGCGUGCGUGACAUCGAACUGCUGACCGGACUGAGCUUCUACCACGAUAGGUUGUCCGUGGAAGAAACACUACAGCUUAAGACUUUUAUACACAGUGCUUGAAGUAUCAUCGGGUAAUAUGUUUAUCUGAGGUGAUUGCACUUAUAAAAAGGAUUUUUGUACCGAAAAUGGUUGUAGAUUCCUAUCAGGUUAGAAGAUCGAGAAAGAAGAACCAAAGCUGGACUGACACAACCCCAAAAAAACCAAAACAUUCUGGUCCUUACAUGUAAGGUUUGAAGGAUUGUACAUUUAAUGAGUCACAUGACCAUACUACAUCUUUUUGAUACAAUGUUGAUUUUAGUCCUAUGUAAAUCGGGUAAUAUUUGUCAGUAUGUGUUUGCACACGUGUAGAACUUGAAUGUACUUUUUUUUCCCCUGGAUUAAUGUAAUUACACACAUUCCCUAAAAUGGGACGACAAAAAAAAAAAACACCAACAGGUCCAGAAAAUGAUUUAAACAAACCCUUUACGGUUUCAUAGAAAGUACUGUCAGGCGGGGUUGUAGUGGCUUUUACAAAAGAGUAUAUAGUGACCCCCUCAGGUCACACGCAGUAUAGCACUGGUAAUUGUGUACAUUUCGUCAUAAUCAAAACAGUAUUACAGGUUUCAAAUUUGUUAUACUGACCAGAUAUGAAUACAUUAAAUUAAUUUGACUACAUAUUUCAAAGGAUGUGCAGAUAUUCAACUUUAAAAAUAUGAAUUAUCAUUUGGGAACUAGUCAUUUUUGGUAGAAUACAUGCAUUUUCAGGGGCUCAAUAUUUCCAUAAUUGGCAUUAUUGCAAAUAUAAAAGCUUAUAAACCCUUUAGUCAUGUGAGUCUUCACAUUUGGGAUGUAAACAUGGGCUGUCAACAUGUACAAAAUGAAUAUGGGAAGCUUGGACUAGAUGGAAUACCUAAGAAUAAUCCAUCAGGAAGAGGAUUCCACUGUUUGGUCACUAUUCUGUAUUUAAUAGAAACACAUACCAGUACAGUACUACACUUCUUACAACCCUCACAGCCAUCCACUGGCAGUGGGAGUGGAUUAACACACAUGCACCCAUCACACCUAGGAAAUAAUUCAACUAUGUUGUGAUUUGUAAGGAAGUGUGAUUUAGUCAAAUUAGUGAACUCAUUAAAAGCACCAAUAACGGAAUUCUAAAAAGGGUCCAUUACAGAUGGCAGUGUGUGUGUGUGUAGGUGUGUGUGUCUAUGAGAUGCACCUACUGUACAGUAGAUGUUCAGUCAGCCUUCAGGGCUCGCAGCACCGACUGUGGUACUCUGCUGAUGUAGUAGUCGUGGUUUCUUAGUGUCGCAAGAACACCCGCAGAGUUCAGGUGCUUGACUUUAGCGUCAUAGCAGUAUGCGUUGUUAUGCAUGUCGGUCAGUUUACCUGGCGGGAAAAGAACCGGGGAUGCUCGUUAAGACAUUAAAGAAAUACAUCCUCAUCGUGAACGGCUGAAUCCCAAAUGAUGAUUUAUACCUCCGACGCACUGCAGGAUAACCUCAGGAGCACACGUGUCCCACUUCUUGGUUCCUGGACUUGCAAAGACAUAGGCCGAAGCCUUCCCCUCAAUAAGCUGAAUGAUCUGCACACAGAUUAUUUAAUGAGACCGUUGCAUUUUUAAAAAGUCAAGUCAAAUUUGGUUGAUGUGUAUAAUUGAUAAUUGAUAAUGAAUCAAAUUAAUAAAUCCGUUAAAAAACCCGUUUCU